AUGGCCAGAGAUGCUGUUGGCGAUACGGACUUGUCCGUUCCGAAUGACAUCGACUUCAACCACCCUUACACGCCCUAUGAUGUGCAGACGGACUUCAUGAAAACCGCUUAUGGCGUGUUGCAGCGUGGUAAUGGUCAAGUCGGCAUCCUCGAGAGCCCGACAGGCACGGGCAAAUCUUUGUCUCUGAUAUGUGCUUCGUUAACGUGGCUCCGGAAUCAGCGUGUUGAGGAACACGAGGCGUCUCUUAAAGUCAACAUGGACGACUUCAAAGAUGAGCCUGAUUGGAUCGUUGAGCAGAUGUUGCGGCGAAAGAGAGAAGCGCUCGCCCGGACCUGGGAAGAGCGGGAGAAGAAAUUGGAGCAGAUUCGUCAAAAAGAGAAGGCCAUCGAGGCCCGCAGUGCCAAGCGACGCCGUUUCGAUGAUGGGCCUUCAGAACCAAAGACUCGUCGCACUGAAGAAGAUGACGAGUGGCUGCUUGAUGAACCGGAUGCAUCUGGCCCAGACGACGGAGACGCCAUGAGCGGCCUCAGCAAGGAGACCAAGGACAUCCUGACGAGGUUUGGCCUGGGAAACCUCAAAUCGGACCAAGAGGAAGACAAAGUCGCGGACGGAAUCAAGAUAUACUACACGUCGAGAACCCAUUCUCAACUCACACAAUUCAUCCAUGAACUGCGACGACCCGAGUUCCCGUCGUCCAUACCGUCGUCGAUUGUGCAAGGCCAGCGUGAAGACGACCGUCGGUCCAAAGAGCCAGUCAAACACUUGCCCCUAUCGUCGCGUCAGAAACUUUGCAUUAACCCUUCCGUCGCACGCCUGGGCAGCCUGUCGGCCAUCAACGAUCGUUGCUCGGAGCUCCAGAAACCAAAGGCCAAGGACAAGUGCCCUUACACGCUGAAGGAAGACAACAUAACCCAGACGCACCAGUUCAGGGACACGGCCCACGCCACGCUCCCUGAUAUCGAGGAUCUGUACCAUCUGGGCAAAAAGCUCUCGGUGUGCCCGUACUAUGCUUCACGCGCGGCAAUCGCGGGCGCCGAGAUCGUCACCCUGCCGUACCCCUUGCUUCUGCAGAAGAACGCACGCGAUGCCCUGGGCAUCAAGCUGGAGGGCAACAUCGUGAUUGUCGAUGAGGCUCACAACAUCAUGGACGCCGUGGCCAACGUCUAUGCGUCCGAGGUAAAGCUGAGCGAGCUGAGGCGGGCCCGGCAGAUGCUCGGCGUUUACGUCAAGCGCUUCGGCAAGAAGCUGAAAGGAGAGAACCGCGUCAUGGUCGGACAGGUGGGACGGGUGAUUGAAGGCCUCAGCGAGUGGAUGGAUGCGCAAUCAAAGCUCAAGAGCCCACAGGGCAUCGUGGACUCCAAGGUCCUCCUCCGCUGCAAAGGCGUGGACCAAAUCAACUUGUUCAGGUUGAUCCAGUACAUACAGGAGUCGAAGUUGGCCUACAAGAUCGAGAGCUACGUCGCACACGUCGAAGAGGAAGCGGCCGACGCCAGUCAUGGCAAGGGACCCCCGAGAUCAUCCACGCCAGUACUCCAUAUCCUUUCCUCCUUUCUCAUCUCCCUUACCAAUCUCAGCUCCGAGGGCCGCAUAUUCUACGAGAAGCUGGCAACCAGCCCACCGGAUAUACAGCUCUCGUACCUCUUGCUGUCUCCGACCCACGCGUUCUCGUCCAUCGCCACGAGCGCCAGGGCCGUCAUCCUCGCAGGCGGCACCAUGUCCCCUUUUGACGAUUACAAGUCCCAUCUUUUCCCCUAUCUACCAGAGUCGAAACUCACAACGCUCAGCUGUGGGCACGUCAUUCCCCCGUCGAACCUGUGCGUAUGGACACUGGCAGGGUCGCAACCGGGCCUCAAGCGGGAUCCUAAUUCGACCUUUGAGUUCAGUUUCCAACGCAGAGGCGAUAUGGACAUGAAGGGCAGCCUCGGGCUAGCCAUCUUUAACUUGUGUAAUGUCGUUCCUGACGGCGUCGUCGUCUUCUUCCCUAGCUACGGUUACCUGGAGGAAGUAGUCACAGCGUGGAAAGGUGUUGCGACACGGCAAGGCCAGACCCCGCAAGGGGCCACGUCCCUUUGGGACCGACUUCAGCAGAGAAAGGAGGUGUUAAGCGAGACUCGCGGCGGCUCCAGCGACGAGGUGCUGGAAUCGUACAGUCGGGCCAUCUUGGGUGACGGCCGCGAGCCGAAGCCGGGAGCGGCAGGCAAACCUCGCGGUGCCCUGCUUCUCAGUGUCGUUGGCGGCAAGAUGAGCGAGGGCAUCAACUUCUCAGACCGCCUGGGUCGCUGCGUAAUCAUCGUGGGCCUUCCGUACCCGAACAUCAACUCUCCCGAGUGGAAGGCCAAGACGGAAUACAUCGAGACUACGACGGUUCAACGGCUGACGACGGACUCGUCAGGAACCACAAAGAUGUCGAGGGACGAGGCGCUGGCUGUUGCGAAGCAGGCGGCGAGGGACUUUUACGAGAAUGCGUGUAUGAGGGCCGUGAACCAAAGUAUCGGCCGGGCUAUCCGGCAUCAGGGAGACUACGCGGCCAUUGUGCUCGUGGAUCGAAGAUUCGGGACAGACAGGAUCCGAGGGAAGCUUCCUGGUUGGAUCCGCGGUGGCUUGGACGGUGACAGUCAUGAAAAGGGGCUACCGCAGUUGAUGGGGGCGCUGGGCAGUUUCUUUCGGUCGAAGCGGGCGGUAGGUUCGUAG